ACAUUUAAGAUGACAAAACUGACAAUAUAAACUAUUGUUCAAUUGUAAAAAGUAAAAAUAAAUUUCAGAUGUUUCUUAAAUAGAUUCCAAUAACGUUUUUGAGUUAUUUGAUUUUGAUAAAGCGGUGAAAAAAGAAGUAUUUUAUUUUGGUUUGGAAUUUAAUUACCUAAUAUCAAAAUGGGAAAUGAAAUGUCCUCAACUGCUAUGGAAAAGCAUUUAUUCAAUCUCAAAUUUGCUGUGAAAGAAUUGGAACGGAGUUCAAAAAGAUGUGAAAAGGAAGAGAAACAAGAAAAAGCGAAGACAAAACAAGCUAUCCAAAAAGGAAAUAUGGAUGUGGCAAGAAUACAUGCUGAAAACGCAAUACGACAAAAAAAUCAGUCUCUUAAUUAUCUUAAAAUGUCUGCAAGAGUAGAUGCUGUAGCUAGUAAAGUUCAAUCGGCAGUUAUGACAAGAAAAGUAACAAAUUCCAUGGCAGGUGUUGUGAAAGCAAUGGAUGCUGCAAUGAAGAGUAUGAAUUUAGAAAAAAUAUCAUCAGUUAUGGAUAAAUUUGAGCAGCAGUUUGAAGAUUUAGGAGUCCAGAGUGAUGUUCUUGAAAAUACAAUGUCUCAGACCACUACAACCUUAGUUCCCACCAAUGAUGUUGAUUCUCUAAUGCAACAAGUAGCAGAUGAAGCCGGUUUGGAAUUGAACAUGGAAUUGCCUGAAGGCCCUCAGAGUUCUGUUGCUUCUACCACCCAAGUAUCACAAGAACAAGAUGAAUUAACACAACGAUUAGCUAAGCUUAGACAAAGCGAAUAAAUCUCACUGGUGUGGUAGAUAUUAUUCUGGAUGAAAAAAUGUUAAAGAACGCUAUAAACAUUACCAAUAUGAUAAUAAUUAGUUAUUAUUUUAUCUUGUCUGUUUUGCUAUGGUCAGAGCUUUAAUAUGUUUGAAAGAAUUUUUCAAUAUUUUAUUUACAUACAUACUAAUAAAUGGCUAAAAAAAUCCUUCUAUUUUCAUAUAAAAAAUUUAGAUAAUGCAAGUAUAACAUAUCUUUGUUUCAUACAGAUCAAAAUUAAAAAAAAGAUAUGGUCCCUUUGAAAAGUAGCUAAGUCAUCUAACAGGCCAGAAGAAUGCUAUAAAAUCUGGUGUUAACACUUCUGUGUUAGAGGAUCAUCUAAGAAUCCUUUGUAAUCAUCUUUAUCAGUAUUUUAUUUUAAUCAUUCUUCUAAUGCUUGAAGUGGAGAUAAGUGAUUAUAAAUUCGAUAAAAAUAUAUAAUUUUAAUUUCCA